AUGGGCCACGAACUUAUUCCUGCACCAGCUCCAGAUACGUUGCUACAGUUAAUGUUCUCGCCACGGAUAACUGCCGCCUGGCUGCAUCUUCAUUGUGGAGACUAUUGGAUCAGGCAUCGUGCGUUUUGCGAACGGCCGGUCUUCUUGGAGGCGUUGGAGUUCCCAACUGUGGAGAGCUUUUACGGUACAUCAGCGGUGCUGAGCCGAAGGCUGCGUGGCGCUACUUAUCGAGUCGAGCUCUCGGCACAAGGCAGUGGAGGCCGCUGGUCUAAGGCCUCCAAGCUCGGGCGCCUCACGCGCGACGGCUCCGUUGCCUUCAACGAGGUAAAGUGGGUGCCAACGCAGACGUUGGUCGAGGCUGAUGUCGUGGUUGAAGUGCAGGACUGCGCGCUCUCAGGCGAUCCAACGAAUCCGGAGCCAGUAUACCGUGCUGUUCUUCCGCGCCAGGCACAGCACGAACUCUCGGUCUUGGCGCAGGUCGCGAAGCUGCUACGCGACCCGGAGGAGUUGGCGGCGCUCGAUGGCGUCACUUGUCGCAUCCGGCCCAGUCAGCCCUUGCGCGUCGGCCUGAAGCCUGUCUCUGGCGGCGAGCCGGCAGAGUUGCUUCUACGCUUCUGGCCUGCCUGGGACCCAGAUCGCGUGCCAACGACGCAGCGCUGGGUGCCGAAGGGCAUCGUGACCCGACAGGAGGACACCAAGCUGCCGCCACCCGAGCGGCGAGAGGGACCUCUUGAGAAGCGAUCGAAAGGUGCGUUUCAUCACUGGUCUCGGAAGUGGGUCGUCUUGGAGAACCACGA